AUGCGGUUGGAUAUACUCAAGCGGAAGAGUAGAAGGGCGUCAGACUCCUCACUCGUGGAUCGUCUAUCGUUCUCCGAAAGACGCAACUCGCUAUCGAAUCCCAUGAUAGUCAUUUCGGAGACAAAUACCAUCAAACGGUCUCCCAGUCUAUCGCACGUAACAUUGGACGAUGCCCAAGAUAUCCAGGCGACACGUCGACUCCGUGCUAAUUCUCUUUCCAUCAUGUCUCAGACUCGAUCCCGAUCCCGAUCGGCUUCCCGACCAGUGACCAAGAAAAGAGCAAAGGAGCUCAUUAAGCAGGAAACGUCGAUUGUGGCCCUGAAAAAGUUGCACUUGCUUCUCCACGAAAUGGGUCUUCAGGACCCGAUUCCUAUUGACCUCUACAAGAGCUCAUCAUCGGGAAGUAAAUCUUCCACGGCCAACAUUUAUGUUGCCAACUCCAGCAACUGUAUAUAUCUCCCACCAGCGACGUCCGCGAGCUUCACAUACGAGGACGUAGACAACGGUGGAAUUCCCGAGGGCCGCAGCGGGUCGGUAACUGGUGACCAAACACUGUCUGAAGAACUGACACUUCUGGAGCGAGAAACUUCCGAGGCAGCUCCUCCCGUGUACUCAUCCAACGUUCCUCCACAUCUUCUGCAGUUUAAGUCCCCUAACUUUCUCUGCACAAAAAUUGACUCCGAUAUACCCAUUCCCCACACCUUUGCGGUCAUCAUCGACCUCAACAAGCCUACAAAUGUACGGGACCUCAAGUUUGUAUUUCAAUCUUGUACUAGCAUACUAUGGCCCACUGGGGAAAUCGGCACUAAAGGUCAUAGCAAGGAAAAGUUUAAAAUUGGAAUGUUGGAAUGGAAUACUAGUCUUGGAGAGGCAGAUUUUUUUGCAAACAGAUUCAAUUCCAACGAUACUCGAUGCGGCGAUACGUCUCCAGAGCUGCUAGCGGAGAGAACUCGCCAGUACAAGUUGGCCAGCAUCAGUAAUACUGAUACGUCUGAGCUGCAAACUGACGAUGCUUCUUCUGCUCACAAUAACGACACCAUAUAUCCAGAGGGACUUUAUGUCUUUUUAUUGCCCAUCUUGCUUCCCGAACAUAUUCCCCCUUCCAUUACAACUAUAAAUGGCAGCCUUGAACACACUCUUAGUGUGCUGUUUUCCAAAACAAGUGAUAAACUAAACAGAAAGGUAAAGUUGCAGGCAGCUUACAAUAUUCCUAUGGUUCGUACACCUCCUUCAUUGGCAAAUUCCGUGUCUAACAAACCCAUUUUCGUGGAUAGAGUAUGGAACGAUUCUCUUCACUAUACUAUUACAUUCCCACGCAAGUAUGUGCCACUUGGCUCCGAACAUCCUAUCAAUAUUAAGCUUAUUCCUUUGGUGAAAGAUGUGGUUGUUAAACGUAUAAAAUUUAAUAUCCACGAGCGGAUUACCUACGUAUCGCAGUCCAUGGCUCGUGAGUAUGACUAUGAUGGUGAAGAUCCAUUCCAGCUCCAUCAGGGAACCGACAACAAAACCCGAGAACGGAUUGUAUCUGUUUGCGAAUUGAAGACAAAGUCCAAAGCCAACACAACUUCGUUGGUGCCUUAUAAAGAGGAACUCAUCAAGUGUCCCGACAAUAACUUGUUAUUCUCCUGCUAUGAGCCGGAACUGUCAGAUUCUAGAGUUGAAAAUUAUAGCGACAACAUCGAAAACUUUCGAGUGCAUGGUAUGAGACUGAACACGAGUAUCGGUGAUGAUACCACGAGGUCCACCAUGAUAGCGUCUCCACUUGAUAUCAAUAUAGCUCUUCCCUUUCUCACCACGAAAGCUGAUAAGAACAAUAUUGUUGAAAGACCUGUUGAGUAUAAAAAUCACCAAACUCGUCCAUCACAUACACCCAAUACGUCCAGAAGAGCUUCUUUAAACAUCCAAUCCAAUGAUCAUGGCAUCAUCUACUCGCCAGCUUCACCCACUAUCGGCACACUUGAGACCAACAUUUCCCAUUCACACGCAGACCACGGCUACUUGAGUGAUGAGGAUCCCGACUUUAUUACUCCUGAUUAUUCGACGUUUCUGAACUCACAGAGUAGUAAGCAGAAUUUGAAGCAUGGAUACACUUCUGUUCCUAGAGCUCUUUACCCAGAUUCGAAUUUCCGUCAUAUUCAAGUACACCAUCGUCUCCAGAUUUGUUUCCGAAUCUCAAAGCCAGAUGAUACUGUGGAGAGCAAAAUGCAUCAUUAUGAAGUGGUGGUCGAUACUCCUUUAGUGUUGAUGAGCUCGCAGUGUAACGAGGAUGCCAUACAACUUCCUACCUACGAUGCUUCAGGAAGUCAUGAACAACCUGAAGUAUCUUUUAACGAACCAGAUUACCAGGGAAAUGGCGUAACGAUAUCCAAAUACGAUCCACUGGCACCAGACACUCUUCCGUCGUUUGAAGAAGCGGUUUCAGCCCCCACUUCACCCCUCAUGAGAUCGGCAUCUAUCGAAGAACCGUUGAGUUCCAUACCAUCUAUAUCUCCACUUGCACAUGCUCCACUUGGACCUGCUCCUGCUUACGAAAAUGUGUCCUCUACAAGUGUUGAUAGUGUUUUUGGUCAACUUAGCAUUGACGAUGUUGUUCAGCAUGAUUCUUCGAAUCUUGCAAUGAGGCAAUCGACUAUCAGAUCCUCACUUUCAAGUUCGUUUGCAACACCAUCACACAGGCCCGCUGACUAUGAUCACCAACAAGAAAGCGAACUUGGACGGGACAACGAAACAGUAGCGACAUCUUCAUCGUUGACCACGGCGGAUUCUAGUGAAGGUACUCCAUCCAGCCAGUCUAAAUCGUCAUUAGAGUCCAGUCUUGAAAUAGGAAACAGGAAGUCAGACUCGUAUCCUCACUCAGAUAGCACCGGGGUGUCUACAGUGGAUGCUGUUCUCAUGGAAGAUCCAUUAACGUUAUCGAAACUGAAUGAACUGGAUGGAGUUGAUGAACCGGAACAUAACGAUUCAGUGUCGGAGAUCAAUGCUUCUUCUGAUGGUCUAGUUUCGGAGGUCAACGCUUCUUCUGAUGAUCUAGUGAGUGUUGUAACUCAGCCAUUCGAACAGAGAAUACCUCUACUUCGAAACGUGAGUGUUGAUGGCUACAAUCUUUCGAAUGUGGCUACUAAUUCGAGCUUCCGAAGCCACGAGCCUCGUAUGAGACGAGAACCAAGCGAAGCGUCGAUCAUGACCCAUCCAGUCAAACACGAGAUGCACCAUGCCAUAUAG